AUGGUGCGGCCUGAUAGAAAGGACUGGAAUUUGAAGUUGGAAGAUGCUCUUUGGGCUUACCGAACCGCAUAUAAGACACCGAUUGGGAUGUCCCCAUACAGGUUAGUCUUUGGGAAGCCGUAUCACCUCCCGGUGGAAUUUGAAUACAGAGCAUUCUGGGCACUCAAGAGGUGUAACAUGGACCUUAUGGAGGCCGAGGGGCAUAGAAAACUCCAAUUGCAAGAGUUGGAGGAGUUAAAGAAUGAAACCUAUGAGAACGUUGCAAUUUGUAAAGAGAAGAACAAAAUUUUUCAUGACCAACAAGUCUCAAGGAAGUCAUUUGAAGUAGGGCAAAAAAUCCUAUUUUAUCACUCGAGACUUAAGCUCUUUCCGGUGGAGAUUCAAAGCCUGAAGACGGAGAAGAAGUUCGUAGUCAAUGGUCACCGUCUAAAGCCUUAUUAUGAAGGGUUUAAUAGUGAGCAAGUGGAGGUUAUAUCUCUUGAUGAUCCAACUCGUGAGGCCUAA